AUGACGUCUGCAAAAACGCCAAGCUACGAGAACAACGACCAGUGCUCAAUUUUGCCGAAUCCACAACGAGACAGCCGAAGACUAGCACAGAACUCCGGCUGCAACACGCACACGGCACCGAACGCAGCAAACACACGAAUACCUCACGAGGAGAAAACAAUAUAUCCACAACCCAAACAAUCCGUUGAAUACAAACAACAGUCACUGCACAACCAAUACCACAAACAACCAAAACCACAUACAAACACAAAACCAACCGCGAGCGACACACACAACCAAUCAUCACAUAUGGCGAAACAACAAACCCACAGCACAAGACCACAAUGUCAAACGACCACACAAACCAACCAAAUCACCUCAAUCAAACAUCACCAAUCAUCCAUCAGCAAUACACGACAUUCCAAACCGACCAUAUCCAUCAGUCCUCAAACAGAACCAUACUAA